AUGUCCUUAGAAGCUAACAACGUCACCAUCUUGCAAAAGAACGAGCAAAAAGCCAGAGAAAUCAUCUCCAAGUUCCAAUUGAAGAAAGUCCCAGCCAUCAACAGGGUCACCUUCAGGAAGAAGAACAACCAGAUCUACGCCAUCGAAAACCCAGAGGUCUACAGAACCCAGGGCGGCAACUACGUCGUCUUCGGCGAGCCAAAGGUCGACAACUUCACCGAAAAGCUUGCUGCCGCCCAGCAAUCCAUGCAAGAGCAAACCGGCGACAAAUCGCCAAUGGACAUUCAGAACGACAUGAAAUUGCAAGCCGAGGCCAAUGCCAACGCUCCAGUCGAGGAAGACGACGACGCUCCAGUCGACGCCGGCGACUUGGCCGCCGACGAUAUCGAGCUGGUCGCUUCCCAAGCUAAUGUCUCCAAAAACAAAGCCAUCAAGGCCUUGAAAGAACACAAGGGUGACAUCGUCAAUGCUAUUAUGUCGUUAUCUAAAUAG